AUGAGCAGGUCUCGAGCGUCCAUCCAUCGGGGGAGCAUCCCCGCGAUGUCCUAUGCCCCCUUCAGAGAUGUACGGGGACCCCCUAUGCACCGAACCCAAUACGUUCAUUCCCCAUAUGAUCGUCCUGGUUGGAACCCUCGGUUCUGCAUCAUCUCGGGGAACCAGCUGCUCAUGCUGGAUGAGGAUGAGAUACACCCCCUUCUGAUCCGGGACCGGAGGAGCGAGUCCAGCCGCAACAAACUGCUGAGACGCACGGUCUCCGUGCCAGUGGAGGGGCGGCCCCACGGCGAGCAUGAAUACCACUUGGGUCGCUCGAGGAGGAAGAGUGUCCCAGGGGGGAAGCAGUACAGCAUGGAGGCCGCCCCCGCUGCACCCUUCCGGCCCUCGCAAGGCUUCUUGAGCCGGCGGCUAAAAAGCUCCAUCAAACGCACCAAGUCACAACCCAAACUUGACCGGACCAGCAGCUUUCGCCAGAUCCUGCCUCGAUUCCGAAGUGCUGACCAUGACAGGGCCCGGCUGAUGCAAAGCUUUAAGGAGUCACACUCCCAUGAGUCCUUGCUGAGCCCUAGCAGUGCAGCUGAAGCCUUGGAGCUUAACUUGGAUGAAGAUUCAAUUAUCAAGCCGGUGCACAGCUCUAUCCUGGGCCAGGAGUUCUGUUUUGAGGUAACAACAUCAUCUGGAACAAAAUGUUUUGCCUGUCGGUCUGCAGCUGAAAGGGACAAAUGGAUCGAGAAUCUACAACGUGCAGUAAAACCCAACAAGGACAACAGCCGCCGGGUAGAUAAUGUGCUGAAACUAUGGAUCAUAGAGGCCCGAGAACUGCCCCCCAAGAAGCGGUACUACUGUGAGCUCUGCCUGGAUGACAUGCUAUAUGCACGCACCACCUCCAAGCCUCGCUCAGCCUCGGGAGACACCGUCUUCUGGGGCGAGCACUUUGAAUUUAACAACCUGCCGGCUGUCCGUGCCCUGCGGCUGCAUCUAUAUCGUGACUCAGACAAAAAGCGCAAGAAGGACAAGGCCGGCUAUGUCGGCCUGGUGACUGUGCCAGUGGCCACCCUGGCUGGGCGCCACUUCACAGAGCAGUGGUACCCUGUGACCCUACCAACAGGCAGUGGGGGAUCUGGGGGCAUGGGGUCGGGAGGGGGAGGGGGUUCAGGGAGUGGCUCAGGGGGCAAGGGUAAAGGAGGCUGUCCGGCGGUGCGGCUGAAGGCACGGUACCAGACAAUGAGCAUCCUGCCCAUGGAGUUGUAUAAAGAGUUUGCAGAGUAUGUCACCAACCAUUAUCGGAUGCUGUGUGCAGUUUUGGAGCCCGCCCUGAAUGUCAAGGGCAAGGAAGAGGUUGCCAGUGCAUUGGUUCAUAUCUUGCAGAGUACAGGCAAGGCCAAGGACUUCCUUUCAGACAUGGCCAUGUCAGAGGUAGACCGGUUCAUGGAACGAGAGCACCUCAUAUUCCGCGAGAACACGCUCGCCACUAAAGCCAUAGAAGAGUACAUGAGACUGAUUGGUCAGAAAUACCUCAAGGAUGCCAUUGGGGAGUUCAUCCGUGCACUGUAUGAAUCCGAGGAGAACUGCGAAGUAGACCCCAUCAAGUGCACGGCGUCCAGUCUGGCAGAGCACCAGGCCAACCUGCGAAUGUGCUGUGAGUUGGCCUUGUGCAAGGUGGUCAACUCCCAUUGCGUGUUCCCGAGGGAGCUGAAGGAGGUGUUUGCAUCUUGGAGACUGCGCUGCGCAGAGCGGGGCCGGGAGGACAUCGCCGACAGGCUCAUCAGCGCCUCACUCUUCCUGCGCUUCCUCUGCCCAGCCAUUAUGUCGCCCAGUCUCUUUGGGCUCAUGCAAGAGUACCCAGAUGAGCAGACCUCACGAACCCUCACCCUCAUCGCCAAGGUCAUCCAGAACCUGGCCAACUUUUCCAAGUUUACCUCAAAGGAGGACUUUCUGGGUUUCAUGAAUGAGUUUCUGGAGCUGGAGUGGGGUUCCAUGCAGCAGUUCCUGUACGAGAUCUCCAACCUGGACACGUUGACCAACAGCAGUAGCUUUGAGGGCUACAUUGACUUGGGCCGCGAGCUCUCCACACUGCAUGCCCUGCUCUGGGAGGUGCUGCCCCAGCUCAGCAAGGAAGCCCUCCUGAAGCUGGGCCCACUACCCCGGCUCCUCAAUGAUAUCAGCACAGCCCUGAGGAACCCCAACAUCCAAAGGCAGCCGAGCCGCCAGAGUGAGCGGCCCCGGCCUCAGCCUGUGGUGCUGCGGGGGCCAUCGGCAGAGAUGCAGGGCUACAUGAUGCGGGACCUCAACAGCUCCAUCGACCUUCAGUCCUUCAUGGCACGAGGCCUCAACAGCUCUAUGGACAUGGCUCGCCUCCCCUCCCCCACCAAGGAAAAACCUCCCCCACCGCCACCUGGUGGGGGUAAAGACCUGUUCUAUGUGAGCAGGCCACCACUGGCCCGGUCCUCACCAGCAUAUUGCACAAGCAGCUCGGACAUCACAGAGCCGGAGCAGAAGAUGCUGAGUGUCAAUAAAAGUGUGUCCAUGCUGGACCUGCAAGGUGAUGGGCCUGGUGGCCGCCUCAACAGCAGUAGUGUUUCCAACCUGGCGGCUGUUGGAGACCUGUUGCACUCAAGCCAGGCCUCACUGACAGCGGCCUUGGGGCUUCGGCCUGCACCUGCUGGACGCCUCUCCCAGGGGAGUGGCUCAUCCAUCACGGCAGCUGGCAUGCGCCUCAGCCAGAUGGGUGUCACCACGGACGGUGUGCCUGCCCAGCAACUGCGCAUCCCCCUCUCCUUCCAGAACCCUCUCUUCCAUAUGGCUGCUGAUGGGCCAGGGCCCCCAGGGGGCCACGGAGGGGGUGGUGGCCACGGCCCACCCUCGUCCCAUCAUCACCACCACCACCAUCAUCACCACCGAGGUGGCGAGCCCCCAGGGGACACCUUUGCCCCAUUCCAUGGCUAUAGCAAGAGUGAGGACCUCUCCUCAGGGGUCCCUAAGCCCCCCGCUGCCUCCAUCCUUCAUAGCCACAGUUACAGUGAUGAGUUUGGACCCUCUGGCACUGACUUCACCCGUCGGCAGCUCUCACUCCAGGACAACCUGCAGCACAUGCUGUCCCCUCCCCAGAUCACCAUCGGUCCCCAGAGGCCAGCUCCCUCAGGGCCCGGAGGUGGGAGUGGUGGGGGCAGUGGUGGGGGCGGUGGGGGCCAGCCACCUCCUUUGCAGAGGGGCAAGUCUCAGCAGUUGACAGUCAGCGCUGCCCAGAAACCCCGGCCAUCCAGCGGGAACCUAUUGCAGUCCCCAGAGCCAAGUUACGGCCCCUCCCGUCCACGGCAACAGAGCCUCAGCAAGGAGGGCAGCAUUGGGGGCAGCGGGGGCAGCGGUGGCGGAGGGGGUGGGGGGCUCAAGCCCUCCAUCACCAAGCAGCAUUCGCAGACACCAUCCACACUGAACCCCACGAUGCCAGCGUCUGAACGAACUGUGGCUUGGGUCUCCAAUAUGCCUCACCUGUCGGCGGACAUUGAGAGCGCCCACAUUGAGCGGGAAGAGUACAAGCUCAAGGAGUACUCGAAAUCCAUGGAUGAGAGCCGGCUAGAUAGGGUGAAGGAGUACGAGGAAGAGAUCCACUCACUGAAGGAGAGGCUGCACAUGUCCAACCGGAAGCUAGAAGAGUAUGAGCGGAGGCUGCUGUCUCAGGAAGAACAAACCAGCAAAAUCCUGAUGCAGUAUCAAGCCCGACUGGAGCAAAGUGAGAAGCGGCUGAGGCAACAGCAGGUGGAAAAGGAUUCACAGAUCAAGAGCAUCAUUGGCAGGCUGAUGCUGGUGGAGGAGGAGCUGCGCCGGGACCACCCCGCCAUGGCUGAGCCGCUGCCUGAACCCAAGAAGAGGCUGCUCGACGCUCAGGAGAGGCAGCUUCCCCCCUUGGGUCCAACAAACCCGCGUGUGACGCUGGCCCCACCUUGGAACGGCCUGGCCCCCCCAGCCCCGCCCCCCCCACCCCGGCUGCAGAUCACGGAGAACGGCGAGUUCCGAAACACCGCAGACCACUAGCCCACCCAGCAUCACAGACCUUCUUCUCCUUCCCCGUGCACCCCAUCCUGGAACAGCACCAAUCACCAGGACUGGACACCACUGAGGGACAGCGGGAUUGCCUCCCUGAAUGCCUCCUCGAGGGACACCAAUCCUCCCCCCCCCCCCCACUGCACCAUUUCCAGGAGGGAGAGUGGGGACCCUCAGCCGCCCUCUUUUCCUUCCUGUCGGGUGCUGCCCCCUGACCCCCAGGGACCCUUGUCCUAGGAUACCACCUACCCCACACAGACCCCUUCACUCCGGGGUGCUAUCCCCACCCUCUGCCUCAUUGUUCCCCUGAGCACUGGGGGACAGACCCUCACUCCCACCCUGGGGGUGUGGCACCUCCAAACUUUCAACUUCAGGGUGAUUUUUUUAGCAGUAACCAGAGCUGACAAUCUUAACUCCCCUCCACCGCCCCAUUUUGGCCUCCCCUGCCCCCCUUGUUAUGGGGAGGGGACCCCGGGUGAGGGGACCCUAUUACCCCUUGAUUUCUCAGGAGCGUCUGGGGGGGCUCAGCACGCACAAACUCCUUCUCCCACCACUCUUAAAUUUACUCCCUCCCCACCCAGAACCCAGAUGGGGUGGAGGGGGCCACCGGGGCAGGGAGGGGGCGGCAAGGGAGGAAUGGGAGUUGUCUCCCCUUCCUUCCACACCUGAUCUGCUCUCGGCUGGUCCCAGAGCGGGGUGAGGGGGCUUAUGCCCCCCCCUCCCCCAGUGUGUUGGGUGGGGUGGAAUUGAGGUUAGGGUGAGGGGUUUAGGGUUUAGGAGGGUGUGUGUGUGUUGAAGAGGACAGUCUAGCUGAUCUGUCCUACUAUGACACACACAGUCCCUCUGCCCCUCCCCUCUCUCUUCUUGGUCUCUACUCCCAGGGGGAGGGGGGAAUUUACUCUAGGAAAAGCCAUGUCUCUCUCCCCCAGGGUGGGGGAACCUGUGUUAGAGGAGGGGUGUUGGGGGGCCCCUUUCCAUGACUCUGUCCCCCCCGGGGGGAGGUAGGACAGGGCUGGGCUUCCCUCUCAUCCUCCCCCUGCCCCAGUCUCCUUCCACCUCCCUCCUUCCCGCCAGCUCCACAAUUUUUCGGUGUUUCUCUGUACAUAGCUCUCUGGCGGGAUAGGGGAGGUAGGAUGGAUGGGGUUCAGGGUGGGUAGGCCAUGGGAAGGGAGAAGCCCCUCCCUGGCCCCCCCUCUUCCCUGACUGCUGUCCCCUACUCAGCCUUGCCCCCUCAUCCCUUCUUGCGUUUGGUAUUGAGACUCUUCCUAGACCCCAUCCUUCUUUCUUUUGUAUGGACAGUUCCCCUUUAGUCCCAUCCCCCUACACACAUACACCCAGCCGGGGCCAAAUUUAUACUUAUAUAAAAGUUGUAAAUAUGUGAAAUUUUAUCCCUGUGCCCUUUCCUCUGCUUUCCCCACACCUCAGGCCCUUCCUCUGGACCCCCUUCUUCCUCUCUUUGGCUGUUGUAAUUAUCUGGGGUUUGUACUGUACAUAUCCGGGGUGUGUGUGUGUGGGCUGGGGGCGACCCCUCUGUACAGAGCUUCCUGGCCCCCUCCUCCCCCGCCCCUCCGCUUCCCUUCCCACUCAGCACCUUAAGAGUAGGGAGAUACUCUUCCUACCUGUUUUAUUUUGUUUUCUCGUUCUCCCUCCCCAACCCACUCCCGUCUUCUCUGUCCCCUCCCCUCCCCCACUUCUCCCUUUUCUCCACUCCCAGCCCCAUUUCCUUUUUUUCUGGAGUGUGUGGUGAAACAGAAAAAUCAUGUUUAAUAAACGGAGAUUGUUCUUUUAUUGCUGUGCUGACUUUCUUAGCCUGGGGUCUCCAGACGGACCAGGAGGGUAUCAGGAUAUUUUUCGAGAAGCCGACAGCCUGGGAGAAAGGCCAUAUGCCCCUGCCUGGUGCCACUAUCGCUCCUCAUGCCGUGAGGUGUGUUUGCCCUGGCCGAACCCACCCUGACUCUCCCCUCCCCCACUGCUUCACGUAGCCCGAAGCAGCUGAGGAUGAACACCGCAGCAUAACCUGACAAAAGAGUCCAAGUCUGUAUCUACAUAUAAGCUAAUUGUCUAGAAAUAAGAUUUUAUUGUUGGUAAAAAUGCUCCGAAAAAUAGAGGCCAAAGCCUCGUUCCUUAGUAAACGUGCGCGCCAGACAACCACUUGCCAGCCUACUCAGGAUUCUGGGGUCAGUUUCCCUCGCAUGGCAACACCUACCUCCAUGGCU